UUUCUUUACCAUAAUAAAAAAAAUGGAAACGAAAAUGCUAUUCAGAAAUAUAUUAAUUUUCAUGCAAUUUAAUAAAUGGUUCGUUGAGAACCAUUGACAAAAAGAUGCUUCAGAUGGUUAUUGAACAUGUCAGAUUAAAUUGCAUAAUACCUCUGAAAAUUUAUGUUUGUUCAGUUAUACGUUUGAUCGAUUUCACGGUGAUCAAUUUGCCCCCGGAUGACGGUACCGAUAAUUCGUGAUUCAACGGAAGACAGUACCAUUAAUGGCUCUUAUCGGAUAUCAUGAUAUUGAUAAUUCAUCAUAAAUUUGCCAGAAAUGUGCUGUGAACAGCAUGUGUUCAACUCGCCAUAUGACAACAUCUCAGACCACGGUUUGUAUUUUCGUGAGCCGAUAUACCGCUAGAACCAUUAUAAUGUACUGAACUGUAAAUCACUUCAGGUGCAUCUUCGCUUCCCUUCUCAGGUUUGGCCCGGAAUUCAGCAUCUGCGAGAUUUUCCGUGACUUUUUGUAUCCUCGUCAUUCAAGGAUUAUCAAUUUGCAAAAAAAAAAUUCCCCUUUGGAAAUAAUCACUAUUUCGAUUAUUCCAAUAAUAUUCUCCAGAAAAUUUGUACCUAUCUGUACUUUUGUGCAAAAAUCUGUGAUCUGUACCAUACAGAAUACCUUUCCAGAUAAAUCUGCACAUGUUGCAACGCUGGUUGGAAGGCGCCUUUGGGACCGAUGGAAAAAUGAGAAUGAUAUCAUCAUAAUGGAUGAAUAACUUCCAAAAACUCGUUAUGCUAAGGAUGAAAUACUCCGAAAAUUACAAAUGAAGGAUACGAAGAAUUUCUCUAUUUGUGAUUUCCGGAGUGUGAUUAUAGAUUUUUGCAGAUAUGUAUAGAUAUGUACAGAUAUGUACAGAUUUCCUGGAGUGAUAAAUUAAUAACACGUGGAGUUGGUAAAACAGAUAUGACCGAGAUUUUAUUUUGACGAUUGGACCCCCAAUUCUGCUGCAGUGUUAAAUCACAAAAACAUUCCCAAUUUAACAAGCAUCAAAGGAGUAUUGGAAGAGGCUCCGUAAAGAAAUCUCUUCUGGAUAAAAAUGGAUUAACUGAGAAGAAAUAUCAGUUCGCUCGCAUUUUUAUGUUCUUACUAUGCCUCACUCCUUGGCAACUGACGAAUGAUUUUUUUUUGAUCAUAACAACAAUAAAACUAAACAUCUAAAAUCUAAAUCGUCAAAGCAAUGGUGUGAUGAUCACAAUCUUGAAUCCAUUGAUCAUAACAGCAUAGGGCAGCUCAAAACAUUUAAUAAUUUAUGCAGUCAAAGUUUAGCAAGAGUGUGUAUAACAAUCAUAAAACAAAUGAGUACUUUGAGGCUUGAGCACUAUUUUUUCAACAGUUAUUUCUAUGCAACAAAUACUUUGAAUGGUACAGAUUGCGAUAGAGAUUUCAGAAAGGAAUAGCACAGAUGAAACAGAUUUCAGUUUAACUGUGAUAAAAAUCAGACUACUUGAAGAAUACUUACUUCCCCGCAAAGAUUGAAUGACUUGUUACUGGUGCUUUUCCCGAGCAUAUUUUGCCCCAGAUCAACAAAUUGAAUUGUUUUUUUUUCAAGCUGAAAAACCUGAAUUCACGAAGCUACAUGAAGAGCUGAAAUAUUUUUGACGUAGGAUUACGUCUUCCGAGAACACAUUGGAGUACAAAUUGAAAAUCGAAAAUCGAGCACAUCGUGAAAAUUGUCCAUUUUCAUGAUGGAUUGAAGAAAUUUUUGCGUCAAUCGAUUUCGGCACUCCAUAAUAAUUUUUUAUAUGGAAGAAAAUAAUAUAUGACAUGAAACUAACUAUCGAACAAUUGAAAAAUCUGAACCCCAAUCCUAACGGAAAUACUCACUUCACAUGCACACAUGCGGCGGGUCCCUAACAGAGACAUCUGAACCAAGGUGCCUGGGGGAAAUCGACAUUGCAAAUACAAGAAAGUAGGGGGAACUUUUAUUCCUGCCGAGAUGUGUUCCCUAACAGAGACAUCAAAACCAAGAGCUGCCUGGGGGAAAUCGGCAUUGCAAAUAGUGAUCCCCGAUUUUUGAAAUUAAUCGUUCACCAGCUAAUCAAAUACUUUUCAGCAGUUUGUUAUUCGAUACGAUUAAUCGCCCCAAAUAAUCGAACAAUCGUCACACUGAGAGAAAUAAUUAGUUAGACUAAUAUUUCUUAUUUGCUAGAAGGCCAUCUGGAAUCAAAAAAGCGUUCAUUCCGCCUGAAAAUCAAUUAUCAUCUUCUACGCUCCCCCAAACUCGCAAACGAAGCUCACUUCGUGUUGACUGCAUUGAGCUUCGUUUACGAGUCUAAGGGAGCGCCAAAGAUAAUGAAUUGAAUUUCAGGAGAAAACUGCAGCGACUGUACGUUCUGUUCUCUUUGUUUUGGAUCGAUUGAUCGACGUAAAUUAUUCGUUCGCUUCGAUUAUUGGUUGUACUGUAUUCGUUCGAUUAAUAAUCGAUUUCUUUACGAAUUAUUCGAUUAAUCGAUUAAUCAAACGAUUAUCGGGGAUCACUAAUUGCAAAUACAUGAAAGUAGGGGGUGCUUUUGUUCCUACCGGAAUGUGUUCCCUAACAGAGACAUCUAAACCAAGCUGCCUGAGGGAAAUCGGCGUUGCAAAUACAUGAAAGUAGGGGGUGCUAUAUACCAUUGGAUGGAUGAUUAAAUACUUGUUUGAAGAGCCGUUGGCAGAUCAAGAUUUUAUUUUGUAACUUGUGAGAAACAAGAAUUUGAAAAACAGAUCUAUUGAAGUGUUAUCACGUCACAAAAAUAGAGCAUUUUUUUAGAUUAUCAGAUAAACUCAAACUCAAACAUUUUUAUAUUUGGGUUUCUCUGGGCAGAAAAUGAGGGUCAACAACUCACAAAAUCUGGUUAAGAUCGGUCCACAAAUAGAGGAGAAACGACUGUCUCCAGAAGUUGUUGUCUCGUCACGCAAAGUAAAUCCAUUCCAGCGUGAUGUGACAACAUUUUGUCUCACUACAAACACUUUUUUUACGUUUUCAUGUAUAAAUCACAUAAAAUUAAACAAUGUUAUAGAAAAAUUGAGAAACUUUUCCACAAGAAUCAUCAGUUGGAAAAUAUUUUAUAGUUAUAUUGGCUUGUUGUCAGUCAAAUACUUCUGGGAUGUCGCUACACCCGUCUUUUUGCUGUUUCUGACUGUUGAAAAUUAAUGUUUCAGUUCCGUUUCAAAGCAUACAAAUGAACUUUCUUCUAUGUAUUGUCAACAAUAGAUGAACGUAGAUUCAAGAAUAUAGAAUAUAAUCUUGUUUCGAUUUCCGGUUUGCUGAUAAUAGUAUUGAAUGACAAAAAAAUAUGUAAAAUCCAUACGAUUUGGGUAUUGGUUGCAGGUGUCUCACCAGCGACAGUCGAAUAUCGUAUUCCGAUGUCAUUUUAAAAUCGAGGAUGAUGACUUUCGGUUCGUUAAAAGGGGAUCUAAAAGACCGGAAAUGGAUUGAAAUCGCACAAUAUGAUUGUGAAUGGUAGCGUUGAAACAAAGCCAUGGGUACGCAAAAAAGAAUGAAAGUUUAUAUAGAAUAAAGUUUGAUAGAGAGCAGAUAGGAUUUAAGCGAGAGGGAGAUACUAUUUGAGUGGUAAGGAUACAUCCUUAGAGAGAUCCGUGUGGAGUUAGACAAAGAAAGUGCACAUACAAAUGCACACGCAAACGUCAACGGUCAAUGAUCAAAGUCAAAUUCAUCUUCAACACGCAAACAUAAACGCCCUUGCGCACAUACACACGCAUGCAUACGGAGAGUUUAUCAAAAGUAUUUGAGAGCAACAUCAGAUGGGUUCCCCCGGUAGUGAACGCCAUUCGAUGAACCAGGUGCGUGCGAGCUAUUGAUGGCAAGUGCCAGAGAGAACGUGUAAACAAUCACGGUGUAAAAACUGGGGGUCGGUUAAGGACCACCCCGACUUUUCCCAAAUAACGGCAUGCCGUGUACUACAGGUAACAGGUAGAUUCAAUUUAUAUAGCUUAUUUUGAUGAACAUACCAUAGUGAAGAAUGAAGAGAUCCAGAACAUGGUCACCAUAUUAUCAAAUUGUCAGCAUUGUGACACUUUUCAUUUGACACUACAUGAAAUUGGUUAGGAAGCAUCGUUCCUGAGAUACAAAGGGCGGUAGGUUCAGGACCACCGGUCGUGUUAGGACCACCUUCUCCUAUAGGAUGGACUUUUGGAAAGGGCAGGGAAGAUCUCAGAGGAAAGUGAGAAGUAUUCAGAGUAAUAAAAAACACAAAAAAUAAUAUAUAUCUUGCCACAAUACGGUGAAAUUGUUAUUAAAUACAACUUAUUGAUUGUGUGACGUGACAACGCUUCGUGGAGACUGUUUUUUCACACGGAGCGCGUUGUCAUGUCACAAAAUGCAUACCGAUUUUUUCCAAGUUCUUGAGAAUUUUUUGAAAAACUGAAUAUACAGGUAUCCACGUUCAUGUUUUGUUGACAAAUCAAAGAACAAAGUUUAUUUGUAUGUUUUGAAACGGAACUGAAAAAACAACAAUAAAGUUCAAAAGUCGGAAACCCCAAAAACAGGUGUUGUCACAUCACAAAAGUAUUGGGCUGGCAACAAGCGGAUUCAACUGUAAAAUAUUCUCCAACUGAAGAUUCUUGUAGGAAAUUUUCUCAAUUUUACUUUUAUAUCGUUUACUAUUUGGAAAUCGUGUGAUUUAUACAUGAAAACGACAAAAAAAAACUGUUUCUAGUGAGUCAAAACGUUGUCACGUCACGUUGGGAUGGGUCAUUACCAUUCUACCAAGAGACUUUCCUUCUACCUGACGGUCCGCUUGCGUGAAGAACAUUUCCGGCAAGUAAAGGGUGGAACGACCAAAAUUUGGCCGAAGAAGAUUACGUAUGUACGUGUGUAAUUGCUGAAUGGCUUGACUUGGAGGACACACUACAUUAUGAACAACAUAAAUUCAAAAGGUCGCUGCCACAAAAUGGUCCACUAUGUAUUUUUUGCAAUCCCCUCAAUACCGGUAUCAAUUGAAAUCAUUUGACUAAUUGAAUACAAUACAUUAUGAAAAUAUUCCAAAAAAUUUUAGGUAAAAAUAAAAUUUUUAGAAAAAAUGUUGAGUGGGUUUAUUAUAGAGAAAUAUUCUAAUGAAAUAGAGAAUGUACUAAAAACUAGAAAAUAAAAUGAGUAAAAAACUUGUAAAUAUAAAAUUUAAAUUGACCAAAUUUUGAUCGUUCAUCCCUUUCCUUGCAGCAAUUAAAAAACCCACCAAUUGGUUUUCUGAGAAAACGUAAUCUAUGAAGGGAGACCUAGUAUUCAUGAUAAGGUAAAUGAUCUUGGUUUUUCCGAUUUGGGGUGUUUUUACGUAACUAGUAAAUGCAAAUCGAUUUUUCUUCAUGAAAAUCACACAUAAUCGAUACGAGUUUGGGUUUGUUGAAAAGCCCCAAGUCUCUAGUUAGUAAUACUACCAUUCAAAUUUUUAUGUUUUUAACGAUUUUCCUUAAGGAGGAAUUAUGAUCAUGGUUUGACCAUCUCUGAUCAUGGUUUGUCCAAAAUAUGAUCAUGGUUUGUCCGGUUUCAGAAAUCACCAUUUUUGAAUGAAAACAUUCGAAUUCUCAAGUAGAUGUUGCAUUUAUUAUUGCUUGAGUUUACUGUCAUCAUAUUGAUCCAUUCAUAAUUUGGGAUAUCUCCAGAAUAUUGCCUUUUCCUGGGCAUUUUGAAAGUAUUACCCUCAACACAUUCAACACGGAGAAACUUUAUUUCUGCUAUGCGCGAAGGACACAAUAAAUAAACUGCAGCGCGCCAAGCGGUUGCCAUAGAAAUCAUGUGGACAAAAUAACAUUAUUGAAUUGGACAACUCAUGAUCAGAAUUGAGUUCAUCAAAACACGUUAAUUUAAUGGUUUAGCUAUGUAAAUCUGAUACAAAUGGUGUGUAAGUGUUUUAAAUCUGUAAGUAUUUGUAAGUGUUAUAAUCCAGAAAAGGUCUGAAUACGUGCCAAUCGUGGUGAUCGAUUAAAAGUUAGCUCGAAUGAAGGGCGCAAUGACACAAAUAGAAGGUGUAUUUUAUAAUCCUUUAAAACAUGUGAUUUCGUAAAAAUAUACUAUAAAACUACUGUAAAGCAUGAAAAAGACAAUUUUAUUUAUAUGUUUUGAAACAUUCGAAUACCUUAUUUGACACAGUAGCGCUGAAUUAGAGCAUUAAAAAAAGUGGGCAAACCUUGAUCAUAUUUUCGACUGGACAAACCAAAAUCAUUUACCUCAGAAAUCCCGAAUAGGAAAAAUCUUGGUCAGAAUCGAGAAAAAUAUCAUUGAAUCUGAUGGCCGAGUUCGGCAGACAGACUUAUCAAGUAAUGGCCUAUUCUGACGCGGAGUAGCCAACCUUCUUCUUCUUGGAUGGCAUAACGUUCCCAGUGUAACUUUUGCCUUCGCAAUGUAGGUAUUACUUGCGUCAUUUUUAUUAGUAGUACAGGUCGGACUCGAUUAUCCGGAGUAUUUUAUUUUUGAUUUUCGGAAGUUUUGAAUAAUUUGUAUAAUAAUUCCAUAUUCUAUAGCUAAUAUGGGGCUAUAUAAUAUAUUCUAUAGCUAAUGAAAGGGCUUGACUAGUAGAAGUUAUUUAUUUAAAAAUGUAAACAGUUAUUUAUGAAAAAUGUAAACUCGAAAUGGCCGCCACCACAAAAUGGCGCCAUAUAUAUGUUUUUCACAACCCCAUUAAUAUGGGUAUUGAAUAAAAGGGCUUGACUGGUAGAACACAGUAGAUCAUGAAAAAUCCAAAUUCAAGAAACAGGCAGUGGGUGGGGUUCUGAAAAAAAUUGUAAUCCGCCAUUUUGUAGCGGCCGUUAUCUUGGAUUCACUUUUUUCAUGAAUAACUGUAUUCUACUAUUCAAUCCCUUCCAUUCGAUACCCAUAUUGAUGGGGUUUUGGGAAAACCCAUAUUGAUGGGAUUUUGAGAAAAUAUAUACAUAAUCCGCAAUUUUGCAGCGGCCGCCAUCUUGAAUUUUCAAGAUCAUGGAAUACGCAGUUUUAUAAUUACACCAGAGAUAAAGAUGUGUUCCAAAUUUCAGAUCAAACGGUCAACAGGAAGGGGGUUAAAUUUCUAGUAAUGGGGUACAGCGCUACAGACAAAGUUACAAAGUUACAAAGUUACAAACAUACAAAUGGGUCAACCUAGAUAAAACCGUUUAAUAAAUAAGUGCAAAUCAUAAUUAUAUUUCGUUUACCGAGAGAAAAUUUAAUUUCUUAUGACUCGAUUAUCCGGAGGAUUCGAUUAUCCGGAGUGAAAAAAAAAUCAAUACUCCGGAUAAUCGAGUCCGACCUGUAUUUAGUUGAGAUUUCUAUGCUGAAUAACACACGCCUUGAAUGUAUUCUGGAAUGGUAAGCUCUAAGCUAAUGCGCUUGAAGCUCUAAGCUAAUGUUAAGUGAUUAUCGCAAACUAACAUUGAUGAAAAUGUUUAAUUAUGUAUUUUAAUAUUGGGAAGGUCAAAAGAACCGUGACUAGAGUGGUACAUACGAUAAACGUUAAAAUUAUUCUUUUCUAUGAGGUGAGUUCUAUACAAAAAAUGAUUGUAAUGCGUGAUAAUAAUUCAAUUUUCAUGUAAAAUUUGUAAAAAUCCUUGACACUCGUUGCACGAGGUAGAAGGAAAACUAUACCAUUAUAAAUUGUUAUUGAUAUAAUAUAAUUACCAUUAUGAUUUAGAAUUGCUAAUUUGCAAUAAGAUCUUCAUUAAGGCUGUUGCAAAAAGAACCCGCUUUUCUUUAAAUGCCCACAUAAAUAAAUUAUUUAUUAACAAAUAUGUCUUGUCCUGUUUAUGACUUGUCAUUGACAAUAAGACAAUAAUUACAAUAAAAACAUUAAGAAGAAGAUCAAUUAACAUCCGAAUAACGUGUUCAACUGAUUGAUUUUUUUUGUUGUAAAAAUAGCUAAUCUAGUGACAUUAUUGGGCGAGGUCAUGUGAUUCAAUUUAACAGUUCGGCUAAAAAGUUUAUAAGGUAACACAGUAAAACUAUUUUUUUUUUUUGAAAAAUUCAAUUUUAUUAUUCCACAUAAUUGCCUUCGAGGGCGAUACAACGAUUAUAGCGAUCUUGCAACUUUUCGAUACAAGUAAUCUUUCGAUUUUUCCUCAAAAUAGGGCUCAGUUUCGGUAAUCACUUCAUCAUCGGUCCUCAAUUUCUUGCAAGCAAGCAUUCUCUUCAGGUCUGCGAACAGAAAAUAGUCGAUGGGGGCCAGAUCUGGAGAAUACGAUGAAUGCGGAAGCAAUUCGAAGCCCAAUCCAUGCAAUUUUGCCAUCAUUUUCAUUGAAAUUCGGAAUUUUCCAUUUUUUCACAAUAACAAAAGUUGCUUCACUCUCAAUGCUGUAACUCACGAACCAAUCAACCGAUUGCUGUCAAAUUUUGACACGUAUCCAUUGAAAGAUGGUGCUUUGUGAUAGUCAAGUAGAUUUUUUGCAAGAGGCGCCAUCUAGACGUCGACCUUAUGAACUUUUCAGCCGAACUGUGAAUUGAGUAAGGUCAUGUGUUUUGACUUCACUGAACUUUUUCUUAUGAGGCUACACAGAGUGUUGUGUAUAUGCGAUUCUGAAAAAAAAUCUUGAGCAGUUGUAAACCCACAUUCGUCAUGUCAUGGCCAUUAUACUGCCCGAAAUGUGUAUAGUACUUAUCAGAAACUACCUCAAAAGAUUAAACAUUCAUUUAAUAAACAACAGAAACAAAUUUCUGAUUUUUACAUCACUUUUCGAAACACCAAAUUAAAAUGAAUAAUGGAGCUGACUGAAGCCAGAGAUUGGUUAUUUCAAUGCUGCCAUUCCAAAAAAAAGCCAAUACUUGUCGAUUCGAGCGAAAAACACGAUUCUGCAGGUACGCGUUGAACCAGAAUUAACGAAAGCCCUUUAUUCGUACCAUCGGUGAAAAAAAAACGAGAGAUGAUAGCGACAGCAAAAUGCCACAUCAAGUACCGCUAUGAACCGAUUGUAUGGCUUUUGCCCCGCAGCAUCAACUAUCCAAAGCGAAGAUCAGCAACAGCUUCAGCUUCUAACGGCAUGGAGGAGUGCGUGUCCAAAUAUCGUUCCUGUUUUCAUCACAGAUUUUAGUUUACUCGGAAAUUUCGCCGCGUUUGGACGCUGUUUUACUUCCGCUGAGCAGGCAGUUAGAGUGUUUCAAGAUACAUGUGAAAGCAGCGUAAAGGUUACCGCAGAGAGAAAUCAGAAUAACGGUAACAACUUGAAGAGGAUUAACUUUCGUGGUCGUGGACAAAGGUCGGAGGAAGGAAAUACGACAGAAAUGGCGAAACACCUACGGGUAUGUUUCGUGCUGAUGAUCUUCAUCGCGAACUAUUUGACGCACGCAACUAUCCCGACCAUAGACAACAUUGUUAAGGUACUACAAUCACCAUUUUUGCACCCGGUUCUAUUCUCUCAAUCGCUGGUUGCGACAGAUCCGAUGAUGACCACGGAAGCAGCUCUUACUACGACAUCCUCUGCUCCAGUGGCAGACAGAAAUUCCAAAAACACAGAAAAGAAAUCCGACAAGGACGCAAAAACGGAGAAAGACGAAAGUCCCACGCUGGAAUUAGUUUCUAGAGUUUUGCAUACUUUACGGUCUCCUCUCCCAGUCAUGCACUCGACGCUGGCUGCUCGAACACAACCCGGAUGUCCUUUGUGUGAUUCAUCCGUGUACAGCUAUUGUGAUAAUAAAGUGUACCACGAUGGUUGCUGCUGUGGGUACAUGAACGGCCCAGGAGGCCCUGGAGGACAAGGAUUUCCAGGUGGUCCAAAUGGUAUUGGCUAUGGUGGCUGUGGUUACCAACAGGAUUGUAGUUUCCUCUACGCGAACUCUUGCUAUGAACACCAACUGAUAGUGAACUGCUGCUGUAAUUCUCCAUACUAGACGAGAUCUCACAAUAGAGAAUAGGGAACUUUCUCUACAUAUUUGAAUUGAAUUAUCUUCAUAAUAUACUUAUUUAUUUAUUAAUCUAGCUCUGCUCUCUCUCUCACUUCCAUUAAUCUCUGUCUCAAUUUCAUUCUAGUCGAAUAUAAAACCAUACUUUACGAUAAAUGUCUGUGAGAGCCAAUGUUUCGCUCUCAUGACUUUAUCUCACUUCAUACAAAAUACAUAUCCAUUAAAAAUAAUAUUGGUUUCUUUAGAUUUAGAAAUAUGAAUAACUCUAGUUUCUUUCUCAUAGUGACCUGAAAGAAUAGUAAAUUCAGAGAAUAUAUUUGAAAUAUAUAAA